AUGAGUGAAGAAUAUCAGAAGUUUCGCGUCUUCCAACAAGACUUUAUCGUCGACAAACGCGUUCAAUUGAUCAAGGGAAUAGGCCAGGGUGCCUAUGGGAUCGUUUGUUCCGCUAAAUAUACAGAUAGUGAUCAUCCGGUCGCCAUCAAGAAGGUGACAAAUGUGUUCAGCAAGAAGAUACUGUGCAAGCGGGCACUGAGAGAGUUAAAACUACUUCGUCAUUUCCGAGGCCACAAGAAUAUCACAUUUUUAUACGACAUGGAUAUCAUUCCUGAUAUUCAUGGCAAUUUCCACGAGAUAUAUCUUUAUGAAGAACUCAUGGAGUGUGACAUGCACCAGAUCAUCAGGUCCAACCAGCCUCUCACAGAUGCCCAUUACCAGAGCUUCAUCUACCAGAUAUUGUGUGGUCUGAAAUAUAUACAUUCUGCUGAUGUUCUUCAUCGAGAUCUGAAGCCUGGGAAUUUGCUGGUGAAUGCGGACUGUGAGUUGAAGAUCUGCGAUUUUGGCCUGGCUAGAGGUUACAGCAGUGAUCCUGAGAAGAAUCACGGGUUUUUGACGGAGUACGUGGCUACGAGGUGGUACAGAGCUCCAGAGAUCAUUCUGAGUUUCCAGGGCUAUACGAAGGCCAUUGACAUCUGGUCUGUGGGAUGCGUUCUGGCGGAGCUGCUCGGAGGAAAGACUCUUUUCAAAGGCAAGGAUUACGUGGAUCAGCUGAACCAGACUCUGCGCGUGCUAGGUACUCCUAGCGAAGAAACCUUGAACUCUAUUCCCUCAGAAAGAGCGCGGGAUUACGUUCGUACUCUGCCUUUUACGGAAAGGAUACCAUUUUCCUCCAUAUAUCCAAACGCGACGCCGUUGUCCAUCGAUCUACUAGAGAGGAUGCUCACCAUGGACCCAACCGAAAGAAUAACCACAGAAGAUGCCUUGGAGCACCCUUACCUUUCAAUUUGGCAUGACUCAUCGGACGAGCCUGUCUGUGCUGCGAAGUUUGAUUUUUCGUUCGAAGCGGUGGACGAUAUGGCCCAGAUGAAACAGAUGAUCAUCGACGAGGUGUCUUCCUUCAGGUCUUUUGUGAGGCCGUCAGAAGCCGAAAAUACCCAGGACUUCAAGGGUCAACAAAUAGACGAUCAGCAGUACCAGCAGUACCAGCAGUACCAGCAAUACCAACAGUACAGCUCCGACGGCAGUGCAGUUGUGCAGCCGGCAUUGCAGACCCCAAGCAGGGAAUUCUUCAAUGAUGAAGACAUGCCACCGAAGCCACAGGAGAACCCGGGAAUGGCCUAUGGUGGUGAGAUGGAUUUGGAGCUGGAGUUGGAGUAUGGAUUGGAUGCAAUGGGCUUGAAAUAG